AGCCCCGGGCCGCCCCGCCCGGAGCCAUCGGGGGGGCCGCGAGGGGGCCCAGCGCCCCCUCCCACCGGAGAGCCGGGCCGCCCCGGCCGGAGAUCGGUCCCGGAGCGUGGGGAAUGCGCAGCUAACGGUCCCGUCGGGCGGGCUUUCUCUGGCGGAGCGCGCAGGCAGUGCGCCCCAGCUAUGCAGUGUCCGGGGAGACGGCGGGCAUGACGGCGGCAGGAUGGGCGCGAACAAUGGCAAACAGUACGGCAGUGAGGGCAAAGGGAGCUCAAGCAUCUCAUCCGACGUGAGUUCAAGCACAGAUCACACACCAACCCAAGCCCAGAAGAAUGUGGCUACGAGUGAAGACUCCGACCUGAGCAUGCGCACCCUGAGCACGCCCAGCCCCGCCCUGAUAUGUCCCCCGAACCUGCCGGGGUUUCAGAAUGGAAGGGGCUCGUCCACCUCGUCGUCCUCCAUCACCGGGGAGACCGUGGCCCUGGUCCACUCGCCGCCGCCGACCCGCCUCACGCACCCCCUCAUCCGCCUGGCCUCCAAGCCCCAGAAGGAGCAGGCCAGCGUGGAGCGGCUGCCCGACCAGGCCCUGGUGCAGAUCUUCUCCUUCCUGCCCACCAACCAGCUGUGCCGCUGCGCCCGCGUGUGCCGCCGCUGGUACAACCUGGCGUGGGACCCGCGCCUCUGGAGGACUAUCCGCCUGACGGGCGAGACCAUCAACGUGGACCGCGCGCUCAAGGUGCUGACCCGCAGGCUCUGCCAGGACACGCCCAACGUCUGCCUCAUGCUGGAGACGGUCACGGUCAGCGGCUGCCGGCGGCUCACGGACCGGGGGCUCUACACCAUCGCCCAGUGCUGCCCCGAGCUGCGGCGGCUGGAGGUCUCGGGCUGUUACAACAUCUCCAACGAGGCGGUCUUCGACGUGGUGUCCCUCUGCCCCAACCUGGAGCACCUGGAUGUCUCAGGCUGCUCCAAGGUGACCUGCAUCAGCCUGACCCGCGAGGCCUCCAUUAAACUGUCCCCCUUGCAUGGCAAACAGAUUUCCAUCCGCUACCUGGACAUGACGGACUGCUUCGUGCUGGAGGAUGAAGGGUUGCACACCAUCGCGGCUCACUGCACCCAGCUCACGCACCUGUACCUGCGGCGCUGCGUGCGCCUCACGGACGAGGGCCUGCGCUACCUGAUGAUCUACUGCCCCUCCAUCAAGGAGCUGAGCGUCAGCGACUGCCGCUUCGUCAGCGACUUCGGCCUGCGGGAGAUCGCCAAGCUGGAGUCGCGCCUGCGGUACCUCAGCAUCGCGCACUGUGGCCGGGUCACCGACGUGGGCCUGCGCUACGUCGCCAAGUACUGCAGCAAGCUGCGCUACCUCAACGCGAGGGGCUGUGAGGGCAUCACGGACCACGGCGUGGAGUACCUGGCCAAGAACUGCACCAAGCUCAAGUCUCUGGACAUCGGCAAGUGCCCGCUGGUCUCCGACACGGGCCUGGAGUGCCUGGCCCUGAACUGCUUCAAUCUCAAGCGGCUCAGCCUCAAGUCCUGCGAGAGCAUCACGGGCCACGGCUUGCAGAUCGUGGCCGCCAACUGCUUUGACCUCCAGAUGCUCAACGUGCAGGACUGCGAGGUGUCGGUGGAAGCGCUGCGCUUCGUGAAACGCCAUUGCCGGCGCUGCGUCAUCGAGCACACCAACCCAGCCUUCUUCUGACCCGACGGCGGGCGCCGGUCUCCUACAGACGCGAACAAACAAGGUGGUUUUGUUACUUCAAGCAGCUAUGUAAGCACCGACACCCACCCGUGCAGCUUUCCCUCCAGGAAGGCUCUGGGGAAGCUGAAUUUGCUUUUUCCUUAUUUCUUACGGGCAACAGGUCAAGGGAGGGAGGGAAAGGGCAGAUUUGGAGCACGGUCUAUGGUUUCUUUGGGCCUAGUGGGGUUUUCUUCUGGCCAGGCCCUUGGUAGGCCUUUCCUGGGCUCACGAGAAGGGCACCUUAGCAGACGUGUCACUGUGUUUAGAAACGCCACUGCCUCCACGUUCUGCCUGUCCACCUCUCCGUGCUCUCUGCCUUUAUCCCCCUCCUCUCCCGCCUCCCUGACAAAGCAACAACAAAUCCUCAGAGUAAUACUGUUCUCCACACCUCCUCUUGAACCUUGAUUGGCCUAAACCAUGUUCCAAAAGCUCACACCCAAGCCAGUUCCCAUUACUAAGUAGCACAGCACUUAGCAAAAGCAAAAUAGUGCAGCCCCUCUGGAUCACUGGCAUCCAGCAGCUAGGAAGAGAAUAACGGCAUUCCCCCACCCCCAAAACUAGCUGUGCAUCCUUGGGCCAAACACUGGGCCUCUCUGGGCUUCCCUGCACUGCAGCAGAGGCCAGCCAGCUCAAGGAGGAGCUUCAUGCCCACUUUAGUCCUGAGGGAACCGAGAGCAGAAGCGGCCCUGGCAGAGAGCCCAACAGGCAUCUACCUCCUCUAAGAGCGCCGAUCCUACAGACACCUGUGGAGACAGGACCUGACCGCCUGUGCCCGUCUGCACAGCACCCACCUGUUUGGGUGGUGAGUGUCCUAGGGGUUUUCCUCCAGCCCGAAUGGGCUCUGUGCACGGGACCGUCAGCAUCACCCCACCCCUCUCUCCCUACCCCAGGUCAUCACAACCUAGGUGAUGGAAUCACAGUGAAGCACCUUCCCCCCACCCCACCCCGGUCACCUUGACUGUGUUUGCAAAUCGAGGGAAAGGUCCUCACCACCUUUAGUUAACAAGCACAGUCCCAGGAGACACGUGUGCUCUCAGUGUUCCGAAGCCCUCAUACACAUGUGGCAGGCACAGGCACAUCUGCCCUGCAGCUGCAAGGAUGGGCGCCUGGGUUCUUUGUCACUCACACCCCGUGUCUCCUCUCCUCUAUCUUGCGUGGCCUUUCCAGACUUCAUCACGUGAAGCCUGCUGAAGUGGACUCCUAAGUGUUUAAUUGUGUUGUCUCCCCUGUGGCCAUCUGCAUGUCCUCUGUCAGGGGAGGCAAAGCAGACUUCCAGGUGUUUAAACACUAUUCGCUCAAAAAUGCCAGACCAGGAGAGGGAACACACCAGCAAGACUUAGACACCCACCUGCCAGGUUCCUAAACAGGAGGUUGAAAUCCUGGCUACAGAUGAGGUUUAAAUAGGCCUCCUGGGCUAGAAAUUCCUUCGCUCACCUCCUCAUUCGUGACCAGAAGAAACGCCAAUGCUCGCUUUCACAGAAUUGAGUUGCCUGGUUGGUAAACACAGGACUCAACCCAAAUUAUUCUCUGCCUAGCUGCCUAGCUGUCCUACGCUGUGCAAAUGGUCUACCCAUUCCCUUCCCAGAGGGCACCGGCCCUGCCCAGCCCCACCCCUCAACCUCCCCAGCCUCGCACUUGGCGAUGGUUCAGAGCAAGCCUCCACACCGCACAACAACUGCACUCCUGCUCCCAACGCUCUUUCCUUAGUCUUCUGUGGGAAAGGAGGAGCGAGAGUGAGGCAGCACCUGCCCGGAAGGGCUCCUUCCUGUGUCCCGUGACUCGGCAGGACUCUGUGCCCGGAAGUGAGUGGUUUGGCUGAGGCACCUCUCGCCCUUCUGCUGUACAAGGCAGAGUCUGAACCACGACGGGGCUUAAAGGUCACACGCCCCUGCUCCUUGACCUGUGCCCCACCUAAAGUUUCAGAAUGUGAGGGUCACAAAGGUUGUCCCUACCUGUUGGCCCUGGACUCUCCUCCAGCUGAGUUGCUUUCAUGCUCCCAGAAUGAGUGGGAACCCCAAAAUGGUUCCCUGAAUCAGAGGGGUGCCCCCUGGGAAUAUCUUCAUUACCACCACCUGACUCAUCAAACUGUCUUCCGAACAUGAGACAAAGUCGACUUCCACGCUGGUUGCCGAGAACCUACUGUCUUUCUCAGUUUCCCCCCUUUUCCCAAUCUUCAUUCAUUCUGAGUCCCCUUGGGGUUGCACUCUAUGACAGCAUUACUGGGGAAACAGAUCAGCAGAUUUUUAGAAUCUCGAGCAAGAGGACUCACUAGGAAAUUUGUCCUAAAACAUUGCUUCCUUCCUGUCACUGUUAAAUUGAAUGCUCAUUGUUUUGUUUUGUUUUGUUUUUAAAUCCUAAUGUUCAAAUCACAGCGUGCUGUAUGAUUCUAGAAAGCCUUAAUUGACUACCGCCAAGAAAUAAAGCAAUACGUUGGU